UAGAAGUAAACCCUGUGGGGUGGGGUUUGUGCCGCCGAUUGUAGUUAUGAAACCCCAGCAGCGGCUUCUUUUGUAACCUGUCAACUCGUCAUUCAUUCGUUCGUUUUGUAACGCGACUCACGGAUAGAUUUUAGGCUACCUGUCAGGGGUGUUUUUUUUAUGACGCAAACUGUUGCAAAUGAUUUUGACAUAAUUUAUUUGACUAUUAUUAUAUAUUUACUGCGUUGAAAAGUGACGGAUUUGGUCAAAGAGAAUGUCUGUAGGCAAAGAUAUGAAGUCCGUGUCUCAGGUCCGUGAACUCCUGAGAGAGGUGAUGUUGGGUCGUGAGGAUCCGGACGGGUUUUUCUGUCUGUGUUUGUCUCUGCUGGGGGACACAGACACCCGUACACACUUUCUGGACAUGAUCGAACCCCUUUCAUCCGGACAUGAACAUCUACACAGUCAGCUGACUGCAAUCUUUCUGGAGUACUUCUCUAAGGAUGAAGCAGAUGAAUUAGAGUUGGCCUUAACACUGUCUCUCAAUGAAACCAAACACAUCAAAACAGAUUUUAGGCAGCAGAAUUCAGACCAUCAGCCUCAUAUGCCUUCCUGUUACAAAAGCUAUGCUGACAUGACAACAGUAACUUCAGGUGGUGAUCAGCCAAAAGUCAACCAGCCUAUUACAAAAUUGACACUAGAUACUGAAGUACAUAAAAAUACAUGUGCCAUUAAAAACAUAAAUAAAGACAAUGAUGAUCUCAAAGUCACAAAGUCAAAGAGGUCACAAAGGCGUCUGCGUAAGAAGGAACUUCUGUUGAAAAACCCAUCGGGGCCGCGACCCGUUCUGCUGUGGUUGAGAAGGGACCUCCGCAUGUGGGAUAACCCUGCUCUGAUUGGCUGCCUGGAGCUUGGUGGACCAGUCAUACCAGUCUUUUUGUGGAAUGCAGUGGAGGAGGAGGGUCCAGGGGUUACUGUGGCAUCCGGCGGGGCCUGUAAAUACUGGCUGCAUCAGGCACUAGUUAGUCUGACCCUCUCUCUAGAGCAGCUUGGAAGCCACUUGGUGACCUUGAAGGCAGAGCCCUCAUCUUUGACAGCGCUGCAGGGGUUGAUCGCUGAGACAGGGGCAGCAUCGGUCGUGGCAACGGCCCUGUAUGAACCGUGGUUAAAAGAAAGAGAUGACAGCGUGUGGGAGACACUGGAGAAACAAGGUGUUAAUUGUCACAUCUACCAUUCCUACUGCCUUAGGGACCCCUAUGCGGUCACCACACGGGGCGUUGGACUACGAGGUAUCGGCUCUGUCUCUCACUUUAUGAGCUGCUGCCAGCAGAACCCUGGCAGUGGACUGGGAGCUCCACUGGAUGCCCCCAGUGCCCUGCCUGCACCCUCAACAUGGCCGCAGGGAUGCCCGCUUGUUGAUCUGGAGCUUGCACGCAUGCCACGCAGGAAAGAUGGCACAGAGAUUGACUGGGCCGUGAACAUUCGGAAAUCAUGGGACUUCAGUGAAAAAGGAGCUCAGGCCCAUCUUGAGGCCUUCCUGCGAGAUGGUGUGUACCGUUAUGAAAAGGAGUCAAGUCGAGCGGAUGCCCCAAACACCAGCUCUAUAUCUCCAUAUCUGCACUUUGGGCAGCUGAGUGCACGCCGCCUAUUAUGGGACGCCCGUGGAGCUCGCUGCAGAUCUCCCAAAUUCCAGCGCAAACUGUCCUGGAGGGACCUGGCGUACUGGCAGCUGUGCCUUUUCCCAGACCUGCCCUGGGAGUCCAUCAGGCCACCGUAUAAGGUUUUGCGCUGGAGUUCAGACCGUGCCCAUCUGAAGGCCUGGCAGCGUGGAUUCACAGGGUACCCGCUGGUAGAUGCAGCAAUGAGACAGCUGUGGCAAACUGGCUGGAUGAACAACUACAUGAGACAUGUGGUGGCCUCCUUCCUCAUUGCUUAUUUGCAUUUUCCCUGGCAAGAAGGAUACCGCUGGUUUCAGGACACGCUGCUGGAUGCUGAUGUUGCCAUAGAUGCCAUGAUGUGGCAGAAUGGAGGAAUGUGUGGACUGGAUCAUUGGAACUUCGUCAUGCACCCUGUUGAUGCAGCACUGACCUGUGACCCCUAUGGCACCUAUGUGCGGCAGUGGUGUCCUGAACUGAAGGCCCUUCCUGAUGACCUCAUCCAUAAGCCCUGGAAGUGUCCAGCGUCAAUGCUGCGUAGGGCAGGUGUGGUUUUAGGGGGUAACUACCCAGAGCGGGUUGUUACUGACCUUGAGGAGCGACGUGCACAGUCUCUACAGGAUGUUGCAUCAGUGCGGAGGCGUUUCAGACAGUUUAUAGACCAGCGAUCAGGCUGUGAUCUGGUGCCUCUGCCUGCCAGGCUGGUACAGGAAGCUCUGGGCAGUAUGGGGGAUGUUGUAAGGCAUGAAGGAAAUGGGUUCCUCCUCCCAGUCAUCACCCGCAUGGAGUUUAAACACCAUUCGGAGGAUCCAGACAGGCAGGACAACCCGUACAACGCUGUGCUAAAGGGCUACGUCAGUCGCAAACGGGAUGAAACCAUUGCCUUCCUCAACGAGCGAGACUUCACAGCCAGCGUGAUGUGUGAGACUGCACAGCGUAGAGAGAGGUUAGAGAGGGACUGUUGUCUUCUGGAGGGUCUACCUCAGCCCACAGCCUCACGUGGCCGGGCCAGGCGUACCCCAACCAGAGACCCUUACAGCAAAGUGCCUGGGGGUGUCGCUGUUCCCCACAGAUAACAACAGAAUGACAUGAAGGCUGGAAUACAGUAAAUGACUUCUGCAUAA